GAUUGACGACCCGCCAUUAAAGGGAUUAAUAUUGUAGCUUCGCCAUAGUUGCAUCAAAAUCUUUCUGUCAACGUAUAAUAAAAACGAUUUGAAAGUUCAGUACGCCAGGCCCUGCCAUUGAUGAACACACUCUCAGCAUAUAUAAAUUAGGUGAAACCAGAGGCAAAAUCGGUGCACAAAACAUUUGAAAAGAAAUAUGGUUUCAGCCAUGCAAAGUUUAGGGUUUCUUUAUAAUUGUGUCGUCUCACUCUUGUUAUUUUUCGCCACAACAAGCUGCUGCCACGCCGAGUCCAACAAUCACACUGCCCUUUUUGUGUUUGGGGACUCUGUGUACGAUCCUGGAAACAAUGACUUCCUGAAUAUCAGUAUUGUUUACAAGGCGAAUUUUCCACCUUAUGGGGAGACCUUCUUCAAGUUUCCAACUGGAAGAUUUUCGGAUGGCCGUUUGAUCCCUGAUUUUGUUGCCAAGCAUGCAAACUUGCCUUACUGGAAGCCGUAUUUAGCACCUGGACAUCAUGAGUUCGUUAAUGGAGCCAAUUUUGCCAGUGCGGGAUCUUGCGUUCUUACUGAAAGUGACCCGAAUACAAUUAACCUUCAUAUGCAGUUAAGAUAUUUCAAGAAUGUUUCCAGUUCAUUGAAGCAGCAACUAGGUGAAACAAAGGCGAAGAAGUUACUCAAAAAUGCAGUAUAUUUGUUUAGUUCUGGAGGCAACGAUUGCUGGCUGUUCGAAUUUACAAAACCAAAUGCUACACAAUCACAAAAGCAAGAAUAUACAAACUUGGUGAUUGGAAACAUUACAGAGGUUUUCAAGGAAAUACAUAAAGCAGGAGGAAGAAAGUUUGCCUUCCAAAACAUUGCGUUCAUGGAUUGCCAACCAGAAACCAAGCAAUCAUACGGUCUCAACGAAGAUGAAUGCUAUCAAGACAUUUCAGAACUGGCUUUGCUUCUCAACAAUGCCCUUGCCAAUGCCACAAGGCAACUAGAAACCCAAUUACCAGGAUUCAAAUACUCCAUUUUUGAUUACUACAACUUACUUUUUGAUAUGACUUAUAAUCCAUCCAAAUAUGGGUUGAAGGUGGUGGAAUCCGCAUGUUGUGGCACCGGGACAUAUCGGGGCUCUGACUGUGGAAUCAGUGAUUAUGAUCUAUGCUCUGAUCCUUCUACCUAUAUGUAUUGGGACGGUGAGCAUCUUACAGAGUAUGUUAACUCUCAGGUGGUUGAGCAAUUAUGGAACGGAGGAACCAACAUUUCAUCACCUUUCAAUAUGAAGCAAUUAUUUGAACUUGAGCUUGAUGCUGAGAUCCAGAUUAAAAAUGCUUCAGAAUAUGACAAUGGCGCAUUAGCUGAUGAAUAAAUCCAUAGAAUAGA